AUGGAGGAGCGCGAAGGACCUGAUAUGGAAAAGGAGGACGCGACGAAGACGGCGGUGGAGACCUCGCCGGAGGCGGCAGGGGUGGACGACGAGGACGCGCUGCCACCGCCCGUGGUGGGGAUGUCCGAGGAGUCCAAAAAUCGAAUGGGGAGGAAUACCUCUGCUUCCUUCAUCUCUUUUCUUCUUCUUCCUCCUCUCUUUCAGACGCGGAGACUUGAGGUGUUACGUGCGAGUUUAGGUCGGAUAUUACGAGAUGCUCUUCUGGCACAGGUGGAGAAUGAGAAGAGGUUGUCUUUCGUCAAGGCUUGGGAAGAAAGUGAGAAGACCAAAGCUAAGCUUAAGUAA